UUCGUCGAUCAAGAUAUAGAAGUAUCCUGGCUUUCUCCUGGAUUGGGAAGUAGAUAAUAUAAGUAAGAGCCACAAAAAAGAGGAACUUAGAAUCCUCAUGGCUUCAGUAACUAGUGAAAAUAUGGAUAGCAGCGAUAGUUCUAGUUUAGUUUCAGCGAGUGAAGUAGGCUCUUCAAGAAGCUGGUUUUCUUGGUGUCCUACUUCGGAAAAGCUUUUAGAACUGGCUGAAGCUAGAAUCUUAAAACAUUUAAAAACGAGAUAUGAAAAGAAAUUCGUGCACACAGUGCAAGGACACAACAUAUGGACCUUGAAGUUCAACCCUACAGCAGCUGACCGUGUUCCCAUGGUGAUGGUCCAUGGAUUUGGCGGAGGAGCUGGACUAUGGGUAUUAAGCCUUGACCAUCUAUCAAAAGAUCGUUCUGUCUAUGCAUUCGAUCUCUUGGGAUUUGGUCGUAGCUCAAGGCCCCAGUUUAGUACUGAUGCUGAGGUUGCAGAAAAAGAAUUUGUGGAUUCAAUCGAAAGCUGGAGAAAAGAACAAGGUUUAGAGAAGUUUAUCUUGUUAGGACACAGUCUUGGAGGGUUUCUAUCAUGUUCGUAUGCAAUACAACACCCAGAAAGAGUCAAACAUCUGAUCCUAGUUGAUCCUUGGGGUUUUCCUGAAAAACCUGCUGAAGAUGAUCUGAAACGGCAGAUUCCAGGUUGGAUCAAAGUGCUUGGUGCAGUUCUGAGUCCAUUUAACCCCCUAGCCAGUCUUAGGGCUGCUGGACCUUGGGGCCCUUCAUUAGUACAAAGAUUCCGUCCAGAUUUCCAACGAAAAUACUCCAGUUUAAUCAAUGAUGAUGAUACCAUUGUCAAUUAUAUAUACCACUGCAAUGCACAAACACCAAGUGGGGAGACAGCAUUCAAGCACCUCAGUAUUCCAUAUGGAUGGGCAAAAUUUCCAAUGAUUAACAGAAUAGGAAAACUGGACAAAAGGAUUCCAAUCACUUUUGUCCAUGGGGCAAGAUCCUGGGUAGAAAAUGAAAGUGCCUAUUCUGUUAAACAUUUAAGACAAGACAAUUAUGUUGAUGUGCAAGUAAUCAAAGGUGCUGGCCACCAUGUUUAUGCUGAUAGAUAUGAGGAUUUUAACAAGGUUGUAGACAAGGUUUUUGAAUUAGUGGAUACAGCACAAGAAGACCCAGUGCUGCUAGAAAGUAGUGUGUAAUGUAUAUAUUAAGUAAAUAUCUAUUUAAUGAUUACUUGUUUAUAAGUUUAAUAUGCAGACCUAAGGUGGUCUAUGUGCAGACGCCCGACUGGUUAAGUGUGUGAGUCACUUACAGUUAUGCUGCAAGCACAUGGAGUAAUGCUUUCCAAUUUAGCUCAUUGUCCAGAGCCUUGACUCAAAUUACUUGGUGAGCUCAGGGAUGCUAUAGUGUACCAGUGACCCCCUCCCUCUGGUGGUUGCGAGGGUGGUUAUAUCUUGGGUAAUAAGGCCUAUAAAAUAAUGUAUAUAGCCUGUUUUAAUAUUUUUUUAACUAACACAGAAUAUUAUAAUGUAAUUAUAAUUGUAAUUCAUAUUUAAAUAAUUGUAAAAUAUUUUACCUUUUAUUCUACUGACCUUUCUGAUAAGUCAGAAUUCUAAACUCCUUAUGGAGAUAGAUAAUGAUUUUUGUAUAUAUAUUAACAGUAUUAAUUAAUAAGAUAUUAGGAAAAUAUUAAAAUGUUUUAUAAUUAUUAUUAAGAGAGAAUUCAUUUCAUAUUCAAGCGGCGAGUGCCAAAAACUAUUCUCUUGAAGAAAGGCUGUUGUACAAGGCUAAAAUCUUGUUAUUAAGAAAGUUUAUACUAGUUUUUGGCACUUUUUGCUUGUUAUUGAAAAAACUUCCUCUUAAUAUGACAUUAUAGAAAAUGUUGUUGCAUCCUGGGAUCUCCCCUCCCCAAGCUUCCUCUUGUCAUUUCUUUGUACUUGCUUUCCAUGCUCCCACAUUUCCUCCCUUCCACUGCCCUGCCCUGUACCACCCCUUCUUCCACCUUCAUGCUCUUCCUUGUACCACCCUACUCUUCCUUCACUCAUUCCUCUGCUCCCCUUUCCCCUCCUCCUAUCAUACCCAUUUAUGGUCAAGUAUUGAAGUUAAACACUAUAAUGAGAUUUUAAAUACUAGCAUACAUAAUAUACUGAAAUUGCUGGGUUUACACAGCUCCAAACAUUUUUAAAAUAUGAACUUUAACUUGCAGAUUUGAAAAGUAAUAUUUUAUUCCUUAUUUUAUUAUUUUAACAUAUAAUAUUUGGUUUUCAUUUGCAUUAAGACAUACAUAGUUUAGUGUCACUGUUAUUUUUUUGCUUUCAUUUUUAGUGUGAAAGCAUUUAACCCCAUUGAAAUAAUAAAUACUAGUCACUAGACAAAAGGAAACAAUUCUACAUGGUCUACUGAUGUUUAUUAGUCUAAUAUCACAGGUUUAGUGACCUCACUUUAGAAGCAUUACCUAAAUAUGUCAUCUUUGAGAGAUGAGAAAUGGCUUUGUUUCUAUGGUCAUAAGGUACAGAUAAUAAUGAACAAUAUGACCCCCAAAUUGGUGUCAGUAGGGCAUCGGUAGGUUGUUGGUAAGUUGUCGGCAGGUUGUUACAAUAAACUUUAUUUAAAGAGGGUGACAUAUUAACCCAGUGAGUUAUCUAACUUACAGCCCUUGUUGGUAGAGUGCAAACCAUAUAUCCAUGAAAACUAAAUAGCACUAAACACAUCUAUUUCUUUUAUUUUCAAUUGUUUUAUUGGUGCUAUUAUGUACUAAUUAGUUUAAUAGUACUAUUUCUCAGCUGAUAUAUGAUUUGCACUCUAGGAUAUAAAAGGUUUAAUGGUGUGCUGUUGCCAAGCUAAAAACCUACCAAAACCAAUUUGGGGCUCAUAUUGUUUAUAGCAAAAGCCAUGCAAUUGGUAUUCAGUUUGUAAUUAUUUACUGUAAAUUAAUGAAUUGUAAUUGAUUUUAAAAUAUUGAGAUUUAACAACAAUUAAAUUUUCCACUUAAUUAUU